AUGCACUAUUUUGGUUCAUACAUUUGCGUUUCAGAUGAUUCAUGUAAGAGAUCGCGCCGUGUGCGGUCAUGGUAUCUGUACGAGCAGUUCAAAUCGCUCGAGAGAAGUCAGCUGGAUGCCGCGCGCCAACUAAAAGACAAAUCAUAUCAGGAGAGAAUUCUCCGCCAAGAACUGACGGAGCGCCGCGCGAGGCGACGUCUGUGCGACCAAUUCGGGCUAUGCCAGAGCGAAUCGAAGCUCGGCAGAAGCGUGAACUCAAAAACUCUCCUCACCUCCAGCGCUGAUGACUUCUACGAGAGCUUCUGCAGGCUGCACAAUGACGACGUAGAUAUGUCCAGCUGGGACGGCUCGCAAUCCAGCAAGACCUACCAGGAAUGCAGACUGCAGUACCGCGAUGGGAUCGGAAAUUCGGAUAGCGUUACAAGCGUGCUACAGAAUAUAAAUCAAGAAGAUAAUUUAACAGAUACAGUUAAAGAAGAUCUACAGAUUGUACAGAGAGAUAUAGUGGAGAAUAUAAACAACCAAUUGGAGACUGUCAGAGAGAAUAUCGACUAUAUCAAUGAGUAUACAAAAAUGAGCGACGAUGGAAAACUAUCGGAUGACAGCUAUAAUUCGGUAGACGAGUGUGAUAAAGAGAAAUUGGCAGAUUUUGUCGUUUUAAAGGAGAGUAAAUGCAUAUUUUUAACUGUUUUAUCUGCGUGGAGUAAGCUUGUUGAGUUCUCGUAUCGGAAUAUGCAAAUAAAUAAUUGGGGUGUGUAG